UCGAAAUCCGUCGGUCCUGUCGGCAAGGCCGGUAAAAAAUUGUCUGGACCGAUAAAUAUCUAGAAAUCGUCGGUCCAGAUGACCGAUAAAAAAAUUGGGCUCGAUGGCGAAUUUUUAAGAUUGAGAUCGGGAUGCGCGGGUGAAGGUCACACAAACAACAAAAAUGGCCACAUGGGCGAUCAAGUUUGUAAAGGGAGCUCUCCCUGGGAAGAAGAGAAAGGUGGAACCACUAACAGCUAAAAAUAAUUAUGAAGACACUAGAGGUAAUCGUGAAUUUCAAGAGACGUGGAAAACGGAUCGUGUAUGGUUGAAUUAUACGCAGGAAAAGGGGAUGACUUGUUCAUGGUGCAUCGAAGUGGGUGUAAACAUUGUAAAUAAUCAGGGAAACAAACAUUCGUUCAUUACGGGCUCCAAAAAUUACCGUUCUUCAACGAUCACAGACCAUGAGAAGUCAUCAACUCACUUAAAUGCAGGAAAGGUAAUUAAUUCACGAAAAGAAGCAGAGAAGAAUGCUAGUGUUGCACACAAGACACUUAUACUAAUGAACGAGGCACAGAGAAAAAGAAUCGAGAACAUGUUUAGGAAUAUUCAUGCGUUGGUGAAAAAUCACCGCCCACUAUCAGAUUUUAAAUGGUUGCAUGAUCUAGAUAAGGCCAAAGGUCUUGAUGUUGGAGACACUUACAAUAAUCAUCAAGCUGCUGCAUCAUUUAUAGAAUAUAUUUCAGAUGUGGAAAAAGAAAAACUCGUUAGUGUUCUUCAAGAUGUGAAAUACUUUAGCUUAACAAUGGACGGAAUCACAGAUGACUCUAUAAGGGAACAAGAAACAAUAUUCAUCAGACUGAUGGUGUUCACAGGGGAAAAUUCAAACCCAAUUCUUUUGCAUUGGUGAGCCAGAAUCCACAUGCUCAGAGCAUUUGUAUAAAUUUGUUAUGGAGAAAAUAGAACAAAAUGGGUUGUUGCCUCACAUGCCAAAAAUUGUGGGGUUCGGGUGUGACUGGGCAUCUAAUAUGUUUGGGGACAAAAAUGGACUUGUGACGUUAUUAAAGAAGGAUCAUCCUGAGAUGAUAGCUGUUCACUGUUUGGCCCACAGACUUGAAUUAGCUUUCAAAGACACUUUCAAAGCUGAUAAACUUUUUGUGAAAUUGACAACUUUAUUACUAGGUUUGUUUUACUUCUACAAAAACAGUCCAAAGCAAAGGAAAAAUUUGAGAAAGUGUAUGGAAGUCAUAAAUAUCAGUGGUACACUGCCUCAUAGAGUAAGUGGAAGUAGGUGGAUGCCUCAUAUGAAGAAGGCGCUUCAGACACUCUUCAAGACAUAUCCUGCUUUUAUAAGUCAUCUACAGAAUGAAUCUCACUCAAACCCAAAGGCAGAAGGGCUGGUCAAGAUGCUGGAAGAUUGCACCCUCAUGACCUAUGCUGCUUUUCUCUAG